UUUUGGGCUGGAAUUGACACACAAUGAGGAGUCGGGAGCAGCCGCUUAAAAGCCUUCUGUAAAUAAACAGGACCUUCAUCAGGCCGGCGAACUAUGGAGAAUCAGUGCACGGUUCAGGUGAAGCUUGAGCUGGGUCACAGGGCCCAGCUGAGGAAGAAGGUGACGUCAGAGGGCUUCACCCAUGACUGGAUGGUGUUUGUGCGAGGCCCUGAGAACAGCGACAUUCAGCACUUUGUAGAUAAAGUCGUCUUCCGGCUGCACGAGAGCUUUCCUAAACCCAAGAGGGUGUGUAAGGAGCCUCCGUACAAGGUUGAGGAGUCGGGAUAUGCUGGUUUUCUGAUGCCCGUAGAGGUCUACUUCAAAAACAAGGAGCCUAGUAAAGAGGGAAGCAAAGUGUCCAAAUCCCACAAAAUGGCCAAGGAGCAUCGAGAGCGGCCACGAAAAGACUCUGAGAGCAAGACCACAUCCAAAGGAGAUGUUGAACGGGACGGCAGCAGCAAAAGUAGCCGUGACCCUUCCUCAUUUUCAUCUUCAUCAUCCAAGAAAACAGAGAUCAAAGUGAAAGACGAGAACAAAGUCCUGCCCAAAGCUGCUUUCAAGGAGCCCAAACUCACGCCGAAGGAGUCCAAAAUGGAAGGCAUGUCUCCUAAAGGAGGGGGAGCGGGGUCAGCAGGCGGUGGAGGGGGAGGAGGAGCGGCCGAUGGAAAAGCACCCAGCAAACGACCUUCCAAUGUGGAGUCACCCAAACCUAGUGUCAAGAAGCCAAAGAAGGGGGGUUCAGAGGGGUCAAAAGGCUCCAGCAGUGGGGGGUUAACCGGCACCUCCCCCCGAACCGCGUCUUCCUCCACGGCCUCCUCGGGGUAUGUGGAUAAGAAGGCCUCUAAAGAGAAGGGCCGCUGGGCCAAGGGCAAGUCAGAGGAGCCUAGUAAAGAGGGAAGCAAAGUGUCCAAAUCCCACAAAAUGGCCAAGGAGCAUCGAGAGCGGCCACGAAAAGACUCUGAGAGCAAGACCACAUCCAAAGGAGAUGUUGAACGGGACGGCAGCAGCAAAAGUAGCCGUGACCCUUCCUCAUCUUCAUCUUCAUCAUCCAAGAAAACAGAGAUCAAAGUGAAAGACGAGAACAAAGUCCUGCCCAAAGCUGCUUUCAAGGAGCCCAAACUCACGCAGAAGGAGUCCAAAAUGGAAGGCAUGUCUCCUAAAGGAGGGGGAGCGGGGUCAGCAGGCGGUGGAGGGGGAGGAGGAGCGGCCGAUGGAAAAGCACCCAGCAAACGACCUUCCAAUGUGGAGUCACCCAAACCUAGUGUCAAGAAGCCAAAGAAGGGGGGUUCAGAGGGGUCAAAAGGCUCCAGCAGUGGGGGGUUCACCGGAAAUGAGCCUAGUAAAGAGGGAAGCAAAGUGUCCAAAUCCCACAAAAUGGCCAAGGAGCAUCGAGAGCGGCCACGAAAAGACUCUGAGAGCAAGACCACAUCCAAAGGAGAUGUUGAACGGGACGGCAGCAGCAAAAGUAGCCGUGACCCUUCCUCAUCUUCAUCUUCAUCAUCCAAGAAAACAGAGAUCAAAGUGAAAGACGAGAACAAAGUCCUGCCCAAAGCUGCUUUCAAGGAGCCCAAACUCACGCCGAAGGAGUCCAAAAUGGAAGGCAUGUCUCCUAAAGGAGGGGGAGCGGGGUCAGCAGGCGGUGGAGGGGGAGGAGGAGCGGCCGAUGGAAAAGCACCCAGCAAACGACCUUCCAAUGUGGAGUCACCCAAACCUAGUGUCAAGAAGCCAAAGAAGGGGGGUUCAGAGGGGUCAAAAGGCUCCAGCAGUGGGGGGUUAACCGGCACCUCCCCCCGAACCGCGUCUUCCUCCACGGCCUCCUCGGGGUAUGUGGAUAAGAAGGCCUCUAAAGAGAAGGGCCGCUGGGCCAAGGGCAAGUCAGAGGCCCAGGAGGUCAAGGAGUCCAAGAAGCCUCCGGAAUCCGAUGACUCCAACUCAGAUGAUGAGGCCUCGUCUAAGUCUGAGCAGUCAGCACCUUCCAGCCCGUCUAAUUCCAGCUCCAGCUCAGAGUCCAGCUCCGACUCAGACUUUGAGCCACAGCAGAAACAAGGCCAAGGCCCGCUGCGCUCUAUGGUGGAGGAUCUCCAGUCGGAGGAGUCGGAUGAUGACGAUAGCAGCUCAGACGAAGAGACGCCAGUCAAGAACAACCUGCCCGGUCGAGACUCCAGGCUGAGCUUAGACAGCGAGAGUGACUGCAGUGACGGGCCGCAGCGUCCCAGUCGAGACCCACCACCUCAGCCACAGAAACACAGCACCACCAACAACAAGGUGUCAGGCAGAAAGAGUCCAGACUCUUGUUUACGACAAGAAAAGGUCCCGAAGAAGGGAUACGACAAGGCAUACACUGAAGAGCUGGUAGACCUUCAUCGCAGGCUGAUGGCGUUAAGAGAGCGUAGCGUUCUACAGCAGAUCGUGAACCUCAUCGAGGAGACCGGCCACUUUAAUGUCACCAACACAACUUUUGACUUUGACCUUUUCUCACUGGAUGAGUCAACUGUCCGUAAACUACAGAGCUACCUGGAGGCCACCGCCACAUGACAGGAAGUCCAUCGAGACUGGGGGGGGGGCUGCCCUAUUUCACUUCUUUUGUCCUGAGAGAGGGCUGCAAAGGGUGAAAAUCUGUUCACAGAGAAUGAAAACAGUGGGAAAUCUUGAAAAGGAGUGAAACCUACAGUAUUUUGAGGAGGAAGUGCAGCUAUGUACCAACACUACAACACUUCUUCUCUCCUCCUCAAUAUCCUGUUAGACAGAAAGUUCUCUUCUUAACGGGGCCAGAACUGCUUGAAGGUCAUAUUCGAAUCAGCCGGAACGAAAACAAAAAAGUCUCCCUGUAGCCAUACGCACUGAUGCAUCAAGGAUUGCAACCUUUUAUAUUUUAUUUUUGUACCAAUGUUUUUCAAGGUAUUUUUGAUUGUGGUCGGAAAAGGAAGCCCCGCACGCCAUGAAUGUAUCGCAUUUUAUCUUCUAGGGCUAGUCUUAGUGCCUUUUUCACACCAUCUCAUUUGUGCUCUUAGGAAUUACAGCAGUGUUAUCUUUCACUCCGACUUUAGUCAGUCUUUCUCUACAUGUGGGAUACCUGGAUAUCGUCCCAGGGAGAUUCUAGUUUGUAUGCCAGUAUGUAUCAAUCCUCAUUUAUGUGUUCGCCAAAUGGGCCUUAGAACUUAAAUGUCGUGCAUUGCUAGUGCAGCUUGUGAAAAGUAUUUGAAAAUCUGUGUUAAUCUCUGUGUUUUUUUUGUCAUCAUAUAUGGUUUAUUCAUGAGACUAUGCGGGAGAGACAAAAGAAAAGGACGAGACGAGCUGUUUUCCUCUCAUGUGACCCCUGAAACAGCAGUCUGUAGAUUCACUGUGCUUCUGACUCUGACUCUCUCUCAGAGCAACUAUAUCUCGACUUCACUGACUUCACCUCUGUGUCCAUUGUUAUGCUAAUAGCUUUAAGAGGCUCCGUGGCCUGAGCUGCAGACCACAUGCCCUUAACUUCACCCUGCGAGUGUCUGGGAGUGUCGUUUGCGUGGGUUUUGAAUCUCCAACUGAUUCGUCUGAAUCUUGGCGAACAAAAACGUUUAUAUAUGCAUACUGAUUUAGCAUAUUUGUGUGGUUUUCAGCAAGAGAAUGAAUGAGUGUCAUGUGCGUGAACUUUUAACUCCCAGUUCUUGGUGUGUGAACUUUAACCUUUGACCGGAUACUAGUUCAGGUCAGCCUGUCAUAAAGGGGUGGGGCAAGGGGCAAAAGGGGGUGGAGUUCGGUGAAUUUGAGUGGCAGCUCUGAAAAGAGCACACCCGGUUGUUGUUGUUUUUUUAAACAUUAUUUGAGGGAGUUGUUUUUUUAUUUAUGUACCUCUGCACUUUUGGCUUUGUUGACUCAAGUACUUAAUUGUCUAAAUUGUAUUUUUAAUAAUUUUAUACAAUAUUUACAUGCAAUAUGAUAUUAUUUUGUCGAUUUUUGUGUCAAGAAAUGCCAGCCUUUUUUUUUUUUAGGAAUUUGUUAUUUUCUUUCUUUUCCCUCUCUGUAUCAGCACAUUAUAUGUCAUAGACUGUAAACGUGACCAUCAGAACUUGAAACUGUUACUUCAGGCCAAUUUAUGAGUUCAUAGCAGGGUGUGUUUGUAUAUCAGAGUUGAAUUUCUACAAGUUGACAUCUAGCAUCUGUUUUGUUGUAGCCUCAUUAUCCACUACAAAGGGAGGACUGCAGAUUUGCGAAACGAACAAGUAUUUGUUAAUGUAUUUGAUUUAAACCAUGCUGAAAAGCUGGUUUGCUUGUCAUAGAGUGGUUUUGGGCACUUGAUCGGUUAAACCAGCUAAGACCAGUUGGUUGAAGUUUUUUUUUCUUUUCUUUUUUUUCAGCAGGAAAGUGGAGAACCUCUGUGUUUUGUACAUGGGAUGCAGCAAAGAAACACUAAUGGAGGGGCAAAUAUUUCAAUCAUAUUACAUAGAUACACAUGUAUAGUAGACAGUGGGUGAGUCUGAGGAAACAUUAAUCAACGGUUAAUACUGCAUCAUUUUCACAUAUUUCGCUUGAAGGUUCAGAGAGCUGUCUUUUGUCAGUCAGUGGUGCUUUUAUUUGUGGUUGUGAGCGCGGAAGAACUUGCUGUAUUUAUCCGUGGGGUUUGGGGAGGUCUGGGUUUUUACAUAUGUUCAGAUAACGUGGUAGAAAACCUUCCGUGAUCUGAACAGAAGAGUAACUUUAGUAUAACGUGUUAAACUUGGCAUACAAUACCACCAUGUGGUCAUUUGAUGCUAGUUGUAAUAAGGGCAAAAGAUGUUACUUUUUAUGUUUUAUUGAAAAAUCAUAUUAUGAAUAAAGUCUUUUGAGUACUGUUC